AUGCUUUUCAGUCUUGCCACCCUCACUACAGGCCUCGGCUUCACUGCCGCUGUUCCGUUUGUCCCAGAGCUUUACAGACGUCAAGAGCCAAAUUAUCCAGACAAUGGAACCCUUGUGAACCCACCAAAUGCCACAAACCUUACUCGUCCAAACCCGACUUACACUCAGGAGCAGCUCACACAAGUCAAGCUUGCCUACACUGCUGUCGAGAGAUUGACGCUUAUCAAGAGCUUUGGCAACACAGAUGAUUAUUUCAAAUUCGACCUAACACCUGAUGGCUCCCACUCUAAUGCUGCCAAUGGUCUUGGUGGUCAAGGCUACCUCGCAGAAGUCGCCAAUUUCCCCGUCCUUAUGGGCACCGGUCUCUCUGUUGCUAUCGGCUACCUCAAUCCUUGUGGCCUUGAUAGUAUACACAUCCAUAACCGUGCUACCGAGAUAGUUACUCUCGUCAGUGGAAAAUCUCUUAAGACUGGAUUUGUUCUUGAAGAUGGGUUUGAUCUACCCGUAUAUACUGAAAUUGGCCUAUACCAAGGUACCAUCCGACCGCAAGGAUCCCUACACUGGGAAUUUAACGACAAUUGCGAACCCGCCGUCUUCGUCGCCUCUCUGUCGAACGAGGACCCUGGUGUCUCGCGUACAGCCCAGAACUUCUUCAUCAAUCCUCAAGAUAUCGUCGAUGCCAAUCUCGCCUACCCGAGCUGGCUUGACAAUGUCAACACCACAGACUACAGGGCGCAACUGCCAGCAGCUUUUGCUCAAGGUGCUAAGGCUUGUUACCAGAGGUGUGGUAUAACAUAUGAUACCAACCAGGCUGGCGGCAUUACUAAGUAG